CAAUAAAAUAUAAAAGAAAUCCGGACUCUAAUUACCAGCUGCAGUUGUUGAUUUUAGUUUUAGUUUAAAAAUCGUAUUUCCGCUUUCGUUUCUGUGUGUCAACAUUGCAAAACAAACUGUCACUAAACGGUGUUUCGUCCGUUUUGAGACUUGCACAACUAACGGUGAUCAUGGGGAACUGUUGUGGAAAAAGAAAAGACUACAAACAUGUUAAAACAGACGAGACUGAGGUCGCAGAUCUCGAAAACAUGGAACAAUCGCAGUCUGUUAGCCCACAACAGAGAUUGGAGUUCGUCAUUGAGGAAGAACUUGUCAACGAGGACACUGUACAUCUGGAGCCUCCUGCCCUACUGAAAACUGAACAUAUUCCUGAUCCCGAUGACACAACAGAUUUCCCUUUUUUCCGUGACCAAAAAACCAUCAAUCAUAUUCAGAAAUCUCAGACAAUGUUUAUAAUGAGAGGACCCUCAGGAUGUGGAAAGUCAAGUUUGGUGCGUAAGAUAGAAUCUAUUUACAGAUCAGCAGUUGUGUGUUCAGCCGAUGACUACUUUAUGGGCGAGGAUGGCCAGUACGAGUUUGAUAGCAGUCAUCUAUCUUACGCCCACAAGGACUGUCAAGAUAAGGCGAAGGCAGCAUGUAGCCAUGGCAACAGGGUUGUUGUCAUUGACAACACUAACAUAAAACGAUGGGAAAUGAAACCCUAUAUAGAAACGGCGAAGACACACCAGUAUGUUGUGAUAAUGUUAGAGCCAAGGACAAAGUGGCGUUACGAUGCAGAAGAGUUAGCCAAGCGGAACAGUCAUGGUGUAAAAGCAGACGAUAUAAGGAAGAAAAUAAAGGAUUUCCAGGAAUGUGCACCGUACUAUUUUGGAUGGUUUUUGACAGUUAGUGACUCCCUCCACUUGAAAGAUAUAGCGAAGGACUGCUUGAUAGAAUGUGUGAAAAAUUAUCCAGACAUUAGAGACAAAAUGUUCCCAAAGAUAGAAUCACUCGCAGACUUGACUGAGGAGAUGGUCUACCAGUACUUCAGCUUAGAUGGUACAGAGACACCGCGUCUGUUACACUGUACUGCAAAGUUCAUUGGAAAUCCUAAAAACCCUGUCCCACGACGGGCCGAAUAUCUACAACGGGAAGAUGUUAAAGCUGCAGGUGGUAAAGUGUUCGAGCUUACAAUUACCGGAAUCACAGUUUCGCCACGUACAAUAGGGGCAAGGGUCGUUCUCACAACCGCACAGUGUAAACUCUUUGAUAAACCAGAGGAGGAAGAACGGGACAAGAUUUUGACAAGGUCAUCCUCAACCAACAGAGUUAAUUCCCUUGGACCGGAAACGAUCACGAAUAUCCCCGAACGGGGGAGGAGUGCGCACAUAACCAUUGCUGCUGCCGAUGGUGUUAAAAACGUCCAGACUACAUUUGACCUUCUUGAUAUCUGUGACCUGGAGUGGAAAAAUUUAAUGGAGGUGAAAAAUAUGGAGAGUAUACAGUUUAAAAGUGGUAGUAUGCGGCACAUUGGGGGUGAUUUUUGUGAAGUUAAUCUCUCAAGUCCGAUCAGAGUGUGCACAUUGUUCUCAGGAUUUUAUUAAGAAAUUUCAUACGUUGUUUUUCUGUGUGUGUCUGUGUGAUGAGUAUUGAGUGUGUGAAUCGAAUUAGAACCCCACUAUAAAGCUAGCAGUCUUAUGUAUAUGUCACUCAAAAAUAAAUUAUUCUUUGCUUUGGAAACCUCAAUGUUU